UCCAGAACUAUAGCGCAACCGUGCCCAUCGCUCGUUUUCUACCCUACUAUUCACCGCCAGAUCUCUCUCUCUCUCUCUCUCUCUCUCUGCGUCUCUCAUCCCUUCGCCGCCCUCCCCUCCAUCCUCUACUCCUCCACAGCUCGGUCCCUCACUUCUCUGACGCACGACGGGGAAACGGACCCAAGGAAGGAAAGAAGAAGAAGAAAAAACAUCAGCUGACCCAGCCGCUGUCGAUAUGAUCCACAGACUCUUGUAGUUGCAGCGCCGGACAGAAGCGAGAUCCCGAAACCGCGAGGAAAGCACUCACCCGGUCUACGGUGCUGUUUGAGCGCACGCCCGGGAAAAGAAGAAAGAGGAGGAAAGGGUGGAAGAGGAAGUGGACGGGCACAAGUCGAGGACUUGCAUUUUAAGCAAACUGCUUUGGAAAAAAAAAAACUGGAGGGGAGGGUGGUAGACGAGAAAAAAGAGGAGAGAGCCAGAGUCACCGAAGAGAGUGGGAGAGAGAUUGCAUUCCUAUCACGUCUUCAUUUCUCCUCUCUUUAGCCUCAACCACUGAGAGAGGGUGAGAGAAGAAGGGGGAGAGAGAGAGGGAGGGAGAGAGAAAAGGAGAGAGAGGAUUAACAAGAUUCAAACUAGUGGUCUUUUUUCCCGAUGCUUUCCAAUUGCAGAGCGAAACUAAGCCCGGCACCGGACGGCGAGCGGGACGCACGGGACGACGAUAGGACACAUCGCAGGAGGAUAUGUGAAGUUGGAAUCCCACUAAACUAAUGCUGUGAAGUGGCUCUGUCCCUGGAGCCAAUACUUCAUCCCCUUGGUGUCAGUGAGGAUGCUGUGGGUUACCUUACUGAGCACCAUAGCCUUAGGAUGGACCACCCCAAUCCCACUACUAGAGGAUUCCGAGGAGAUCGACGAGCCCUGCUUCGAGCCCUGCUACUGCGAGGUCAAAGAGGGCAUUUUCCAUGUCCACUGUGACAGUAAAGGAUUUACAAAUGUCAGCCAGAUCUCCCAGAUAUGGAGUCGGCCCUUCAAACUCAACCUGCAGAGAAACUCCAUGAGGAAGCUUUACUUUAACAGUUUCCUCCAUCUCAACAAUGCCAUAUCCAUUAAUCUGGGUAACAAUGCCUUGCAAGAUAUCCAUGCCGGAGCAUUCAACGGCUUAGGAAUACUCAAACGCCUGUUCCUUCAUGAAAACAAACUAGAAGUUUUCCGGAAUGACACUUUUCUGGGGCUGGAGAGUUUAGAGUAUCUCCAGGCAGACUACAACGUUAUCAAAAGGAUUGAAAGCGGUGCGUUCAGGCACCUUCACAAAUUGAGAGUUCUCAUACUAAAUGACAAUCUGAUCCCAAUGCUCCCAAAUUAUCUUUUCCGCUCAGUGUCACUCACACAUCUGGACUUGAGAGGAAACAGAUUAAAGACAUUGCCGUAUAAGGGCACACUGGAGUACGUUGGGAGGAGUUUAAUGGAAAUCCAGCUGGAGGAGAACCCCUGGAACUGUGUGUGUGAGAUUGUCCAGUUAAAAACAUGGCUGGAGAGAAUACCUUACACAGCUUUGGUGGGUGAGAUCACGUGUGAGUACCCAUUCCACUUACACGGGAAAGACUUACGGGAAAUCAAGCGCAGUGAGCUCUGUCCUAUGCUCUCCGAUGCAGAGAUUGAGGCCAAGCUGGGAAUUCCCCGGGUUCCGUUCAGCAAUGAGAACACAUGGCCUACUAAACCCUCCUCCAUGCUCUCCUCCUUUCACAACACAGCCUCUUCUGUGGAAUACAAGGACAGAGUUGUCAAGCCUACAAAACGGCCGCGGCCCACAAAGAACCCCCCUACCCCUCGUAGCAUCUACCCAGGCAUCAACCAGCCUCCCAUUGCUGGUUACCAAACGAGGCCUCCCAUCCCAAUAAUUUGUCCAGCUGGAUGUUCUUGCAACCUUCACAUCAAUGACCUGGGGCUAACAGUGAACUGUAAAGAGAAAAGCUUUCACAACAUCUCAGAGCUCCUGCCACGGCCCCUCAAUGCCAAGAAAUUGUAUCUCAGCGGGAACCUAAUACAGAAGAUCUACCGUUCAGAUUUCUGGAACUUCUCAAGUUUGGAUUUAUUGCAUUUAGGGAACAAUCGGAUAUCCUAUGUUCAGGAAGGAGCUUUUAUUAAUCUACCAAAUCUGAAAAGUUUGUAUCUGAACGGAAACGACAUUGAAAGACUCACCCCUGGGAUGUUUCGGGGCCUUCAGAUGUUGAGUUACCUUUACUUUGAGUAUAAUGUCAUUCGUGAGAUCCAACCUAACUCCUUCUCCCUAAUGCCAAACCUCCAGCUGGUUUUCCUCAAUGACAACCUGUUACGCUCCCUCCCCGCUGAUGCCUUUGCUGGCACCAACCUUGCACGUCUCAACCUCCGCAACAAUUACUUCCUUUCCUUGCCUGUGCGCGGCGUCCUGGAGCACCUGACCUCCAUUGUUCAGAUUGACCUCCAUCAGAACCCCUGGGACUGCUCCUGUGAUAUUAUCCCCCUCAAACAAUGGCUGGAAAAGCUCUCCUCUGUCAUUGUAGUUGGAGAUGUCAUGUGCAAGACACCUGAGUUUGCUUUUGGGAAGGACUUGCGUUCACUUGAGGUCGAGGUCAUAUGUCCUGAGCUCAAGUAUUCUUCAGGCCCCUCCCCUGCUAUGCCUGGUGGGGAGGACCUCACCACGGGGGGCAAUGACAUGGGGGAGGCAGGUGUUAGAGGGGCUGUCCCACUCUCCGUCCUCAUCCUCAGCCUUCUCAUCCUCUUCAUCUCUGCUGUGUUUGUGGCUGCAGGCCUUUUUGCCUUUGUUCUUCGUCGCAGGAAGAAACUGCCCUUCCGGAAACGUUCCGAGGUAGACCUGACAGGAAUCCAAAUGCAGUGCAGGAUUUUUGAGGACCCGCCGAGGCAAAGCAGUGCCGGGAACCCCGGCACUCCUGAGAAACCAACCCCCACUUUGCACACACACUCUCACACGAGUCACACACAUGCCCAUGGCCACGUUUAUGAUUACAUCCCCCACCCUGUGACUCAGAUGUGUAACAACCCAAUCUACAAGCCUAGAGAGGGGGAGAUAGCAGAGGAGGACAGAGCACAGUUUUCAGAGAAGAAAGACAAUGGCAGCAGUAGCAACAGUAACUACAGAACCUUGUUAGAGAAAGAGAGGGAGUGGACCCUGGCUGUCUCCAAUUCUCAACUCAACACCAUCGUCACGGUCAACCACACGACAGCCGACAUGGCGGGAUUUCAUGAGAACGGAGGGCUCUGCCCGACAGUGAUUGACAGUCAGAGGCCCACACCAACAGUGGGCUUUGUAGACUGUUUGUAUGGGACAGUGCCCAAGCUUAAGGACAUGCAUGUGGCGCAUGCACACCCACCAGGCAUGCAGUACCCGGAUUUGCAGCAGGAUGCACGGCUGAAGGAGACAUUGCUUUUCACGGCGGGGAAAGGCUGCUACCCCGACCCGUCCCAAAGCGAUUACCUCGCCAAACUUCAAACCAAGCCGGAUUACCUCGAAGUCUUGGAAAAAUCUUACAUGGAAAAAUCGUAUCGGUUUUAAUGUCUCUGGCCCAUGGAGAAAAAACACAGAGUCAACAUAUCCGCGUUGCCACCCUCAAAACAAAAAUCACCCAAAAUCAAUAUUCAGAAAAAAAAAACAACUUGAAAAAGCAGCAUGAUAUAAAAUAAAAUAGUAUAUUAAAGUCACAACGUUUCCCCCCAAAUCACUUUGGAGGUGAGGCCAUUCUCAGAUAUUUCAAUUAAGUGCCUUUUUUUCAGAGUAGCCAGCAAUGUCAACAGCCGUUAUUUUUAUAAUAUAUAAAUAUCUCUAUAUGCCCAUGAGAGAGCAAAACAGAAACAAGAGGGGCACUGGGGAAGAACACAUACAAAGCAUCCUACAUCUGUCACUAAAAUCCGUUUUAUGGAGUUACCAUGUCACGCUACCAGUCACCACGAAGACGCACGGGAGCCGGACGUCUCCCUGACUUGUUUUUUUUUUUCCUUUCUGUCUCUUUUGACUAGGAUGUACAAACACCCGGAGGCUGUGCACAUAAAGUUUGUAGGAAAUGAUCGAAAGUGAGGAAGAAAAAAAAAACAAAAAAAGAUACAUAUAUUAAAACGAACUGCAGUUUGCUGCAUGCACUCGCUUCAGUGCAGGAAGUGAGAGGAUUUACUCAGAACUAUCACAUCACGUUAUGAACAGAGAUACUGCAACGCAUUUACAGUUCAGUGUUCUAUUUAAUUUUUAUAUCUUAUUAAUAUGGUUAUUACUAUUAAUGAGGACUUCUGUCUAUAUCAGGGUGCUUCUCGUAAAAAAAAGAAAAAAGAAAAAAGGAUGCACCCACGCACGGAUGGUAAAACAUUUGUGAAUAUUAUUAUAAGACAAUGCUGAAGGUUUUCUGGAUAUUUCCACACACUUUGUUAAGUCCCCCUCCCCCUUUCCCCCCAUUGCUUCUGGAUUCCCCAUCGCCACCCACUAACGGCUUUCUAGGAAGCACUUUUAAUGUUUUCUCUCUCACAAAGAUUUGAAGAAAAUGUGCAUAUAUUUAUUCUGUAAUUUCAGUGAAGAAUUUAAUUGUAAAGGUAAUGUUAAAUCAAUGUAUAGUGAUUAUGCGUCUGGUAUAGCCUUCUUAAUAAAAGCAAACUCUUCAAUCAAAUGAUGAAAGGGUUGGUGCCACAGGAACCUGUGUGUGGAGCGUUGCUGACCGCAGGCUGUGCAUUUUGCCGUCUCUUAACGAGGCAUGUCUGUCGAAGCUGUGGUCAGCCAUCAUGAGAUAAUGCUGCAGGAGGUGGAAUGCAAGACAGAAAUGUAGUGCAGGCCAGUUAUAUUUAAAGUCACAUCUUCUUGCUUCUUGGUAUUUUCAGACUAGCAACAAAUUUAUUUAAGUUAUAGGGGGAAAGGUUGAUUAAAUGGACAAUGGAAAGUAUAAUCACUCUUUCUGUCUAUUGGCAGCUUGUCCCGUGACCCUCACCUGCUUAACAUUACAGUAUACAGCUACUAUAAGCCACCACAAAGCCAGAGCAAGACAAGCAAGUGAAAGCUGCUGGUUCUGAAGUGGGUGACAUACGAGGCGAUACCAAAUCAGUGAGGCACGCUGCAAACGUCAUUAUCUAAACGGUUGCUGCAGAUGUAGACUAAUAAACGAUAAUUGGGAGGGUGAGUGAAAACGUGACUGGAAGACGCUCUUUGCAUUUGCACAUCUCAUUUCUCUGGCUGCCUCCAAAAGUAGCAGUGUGGACUCAGUCCACCGGGGGGCGAUAAGCAGAUGUUCAGACUCACAUUGAGCAUUUCUGAAAGGCAGUGCACAAAAUGUUUAUUAUUAAAAGGUCCUAACAAUCAGAUGAAUAAUUUUAUGAAGUAUUUUUCAAAAUAUCUAUAUAUAAAACUGAUUGGUGGAAUAUAUUUUGUUAUUAAUUUCAGCAGUUAAUCCCAGUUAAUUCUUUCCAGCCAGUGAAAAAAUGUUAAUAAAAUUGUAUUAUUUUUUUUUUCUUUCUAAAGACAGCAAUCUUGAAAAGUUGAUUUUUAUAUACUGGCAUUUUUUAUUUUUGCUCAGGACUGUUGGCUGACAUUAUUUUCAUUGAACACUCUUGGGAUAUAUUAAUACUAUACAGUAUAUAUAUAAUUAAAUAUUGUCCUCCACAGCCACCUAUUAUUUGAUUCAUUUAGCUUUUUUUGUCAUAAUUCACAAGCCUUCCUUGCCAGGCUUGCUCAUUUUGGGGGGCAUGAGGAGGAAAAAGAAAGAAGGAAAGGGAAAAAAAAAGGCAAAGAUUAACAAGCAUUGGGGUAAAUAUUCUCACCAUUAUAGCCCUAUUUCCUUUGUCUCUUUUCUAAGGUAAAAGUAUAGUUUGGGGACACAUGUGAUGCGAUCUUGAUGUCUAUAAAUCUGUGAAUAUCUGUGGAAGGAAGGUGCAUUUUUGUUUUGUUUUGAAAUGGUAUGCAAUUUGCUUUGAUUUCAGUAGAUUUACUAGGAGUGGUGAUACAUGCAAUUGGAUGUUCUAGUUUCUCAUAUGUGUCAACCUAACACUAAGUGGAAGAUAUGUAGCGAACCACACAACUUUCCUGUUUAAUGGGAACGCCCGUAGCUAGUUAGAACAGUUAUCUCUAGUCCAGCUUGCAUUAUUUGCAACAUUUUGCCCUGUGUUCUAUUAAUUGUUCCUUUACCUUUUGACAAUUUCUGUUGCGCAAAUGAGUGGAGGGCACCUUCACUGUAAAGCCUUUGAAAGCAUGGUUGCAUUACACCUCGCCCUGGGCUCUUUGUUUUCUAUUCCCGUAAAGUGUCACAAUGUUGUACCUCCAUGUUUUUUCUGCCUCACCUCAUUUGUCCGCUCCUUUUUUUUUGUUGUUGUCACUUUGCACUCACAUAUGCAGACACAUGCACAGACACAGACAAAAUGCCCCUUUCAUUUUUUGUCCCUUUCUGACCAUGAGGUAAGACUGUAUGGUCAGCAUUUAAAGUGUGCUUUCGCUUUGAUUAAAAAUAUAAUGCAUCACUCUGUUAACCCCUCAACCCCCUCCAUCACACCCUCUCCCAAAUAAAUAAAUGAAUAAAUAAAGUUUGGGGAUCACUGAUAACUUUACCCGCACAUCUUGGCAACCUUUCAUUUUAUCCUCCACCUCCAUCCCCCACCCGCCCACCACACUAUUUCACAAAUGAGUGCUGGGCUUUGUCCCGUUAUCCCAUGCUGAGUGGUUUUAUCCCAAUAAAUCCUCUUGUUAUCCUGCA